AUACACUGGGCGGUGUUAGCAUGACCUUGAAACGUAAUUUACAACUAAUGCAUAUCCACGAGAUAUGGAAUUUCCACCAUGACACCUGGGGGUUGUACCCAGAACACCCUGAGAAUCCUCCAUUGGCUGUCGAAGGGAGAUAUCACCACAUACAUGUUUGGAGCAAUUGGCAAUGAUAGCAAUGGAAAAUUUUUGAAGACUGAAGUUGAGAAAGCAAAUGUCCAAACAAGAUAUGCAACUAAGCCAUUGGCAACUGGACUGAUGAUAUCAUUGGUGUUCAAUCAGCAUAGAUCUUUAGCCGGAAACAUUGGAGCCUCAGAACUGUACACUGAAGCAGAUCUAAAGCAUGCAGACAACAUGACCAUACUUAGCUCUGUUGGUCUAAUCUACAUGGAAGGUUUCUUCAUAACAAAUCGAUUACCAGUUGCCAAAAACAUUAUGACUUUUUGUAAAAAAAACAAGAAAUCUUUUGCAUUCAACUUGUGUGCUUCCUAUCUGGUUGAAUCUUAUAAGGAUGCAGUUAAAGAGUUUGUAGAGGCAUCAGAUAUUCUGUUUGGAAAUCUCGAUGAGUUCGAAUGCCUCAUGAAAAACAAUGGAAAGAACGAUUUCGUGUCGUACGCAAAAGAACUGGUCAAUGGUACCAGUAAAAUGGUUGUCAUAACCAACGGUUCUGAAAAAGUGCAAUGCGUCGAAGCAAGUCGCGCCACCGAAUUUCAGGUGCCUACACUCCAGAAUUCGAAGGUUGUGGACACGACAGGAGCAGGGGACUCCUUUGUUUCGGGCUUCUUAUAUGGAUACAUGCAGAAGAAAGACAUGCUUACGUGCGUUAAAUGGGGAUGCCAGACCGCACAACAGGUUAUCCAGUACAUCGGUGUGCAAUUGCCCAAAGAAGUAUUCGCAUUUGAUAAAUAAAAAGAUGAUUCA